GGGGGGAGGGGGAGAGGGAGAGGGAGAGAGGGAGCAGUCAUGGCUUCUGCUCUCGUUCUUCCCAGUCUUUCAAUCUCUCUAUUUUGCAGGCCUCCAUCCUCGCCACCUGCCUUCUCUCACCUCUUAAAAACUCCAUCUCCCUUCAUUCCCUCCAGAUAUCCAAACCAGAAGCUCCAUAUCUCACUUCCCAUAGCUUCCUCCAAAGGUCCCUCAGUAGCAGCAGCAGAAGCAGCAGAGGCUUUCGACAGUGAAAGCUACAAAGAAGAAGAGAUUUCUAGGGAAACGUUGAUUUGGAGAGCCAUCAAAUUGCCUAUGUACUCCGUCGCGUUGAUUCCUCUCUCCGUAGGGAGUGCUGCAGCUUAUUUGCAGACUGGCCUGUUUUUCACCAGGCGCUAUCUUGUGCUCUUGUUUUCAUCAAUUCUUAUCAUUGUUUGGCUCAAUUUGAGCAACGAUGUUUAUGAUUUUGAUACAGGGGCCGAUAAGAACAAAAAAGAAUCUGUUGUAAAUAUAAUUGGCAGCCGUACAGUGACCCUUUUUGCUGCAAACACAUCACUUGUUCUUGGCUUCAUCGGACUUGUAUGGGCAUCUGCUGAGGCAGGAGAUGCUCGUUCCAUAUAUUUGUUGACCUGCGCUAUUCUGUGUGGUUAUAUUUAUCAGUGCCCACCAUUUCGAUUGAGUUACCAAGGAUUGGGAGAACCGUUGUGCUUGGCAGCAUUUGGCCCUUUUGCUACUACAGCAUUCUAUCUCUCACAGAGCAGCAAAAGUGGAAUGUUCCCCCUUCCGCUAACCGGCAAAGUUCUAUCUGCAUCACUCCUUGUUGGCUUGACGACCUCCCUUAUUCUUUUCUGUAGUCAUUUUCACCAGAUUGAUGGUGAUCGGGCUGUUGGAAAGAUGUCUCCUCUGGUUAGGAUGGGCUCUAAGAUGGGCUCAGCUGCGGUAAAAGUUGCAAUUAUGACACUGUAUCUCCUUGUGUUUGCCUUUGGUCUAAGCAAAGCUCUUCCUUUAACAUGCAUUUUCUUCUGUGCUCUGACACUGCCAAUGGGAAAAGUGGUCGUGAACUACGUUGAAGAAAACCAUGAUGAUAAGAUCAAGAUCUUCAUGGCUAAGUAUUAUUGUGUGCGCUUGCAUGCUUUGUUCGGAGCUGCAUUAACUGCCGGACUAGUGGUGGCUAGAGCUGUGUCUAGAGUACAUCUGCCAAGGUUAUUUCUGGUUUGAUUUCACCAGGCAGGGAGGAAUUUUAAAUUGGAAGGAAUCAAUAUCCAGCCUUUGGUGCAGGAAAACAGCCAAGAUGGUGUAUGCAAUCCGGCCACCAUUCACCUGCUUGGGUAAUGGAAGUUCCUUGACUGGUUUUGGGCCCUGGUCCAGCAGCUGCUAUUGUUGCUUGAAUGGGUUUGUUCUGGCAUGCCUACGAUUUACAUCCGCUGCCAUCAGCACAUUCCACAACCACCUCUUGUGGUUCAUUCUCUAUGUCUGGGUGUGUGCACAUCUUCAUGCAUUGCAAACAGGAUCAGCAGUGAAAGGGCAUGCAAUUUGAAAGCCUUAAAUAUGGUCGGAAGAAUGGAACUCAGUAACAGGGCUAACGACAGGUGGUUUGGUGAAUGUGAACUUGGGAGGGAGACUGCAGGCUAUGGGCCAAGUGCAGAAACACAUUUAUUGCUCCCAUCGCACUCACAAAUAGAUGAAAAUGCAUAGGAUUUUGCACUUCAUACAAAUUAAGUAAUCGCUGGUUUUAAGAUUUGAGUUUUUCCAGUUCUUGAAAACCAAUAGAUUAUAGGAAUUACUGUUGUGUUAGUAUUCUAUCCAUUAUUAUAUAUUGGUGUUACAAAAUAAGUGAUGGGAAAUCAUAUUCCUUGUUGUCUCA